AUGACAAUCUCGGAUGAGAGGCCGUCCCACUUCAUCCAUCGAGGGCUCAAAGAUCUGCCCGGUCACAGUCUUAACAAUCCGUCGUAUAAACCGAGGAAGGUGUUGUUCAGACAUCACGAUGGUCGAUUGUUGUCAGGAUGCGGUGGCGACGUAGAGGUGUUCCAUCCGUUAGAGCUGGAACGUUCACAGAGCACGGGCCUACCCGUACGUGGUACUGUAGUGACGGUGUUCAGUGGCAAGGACACCGUGAUCGGGAUCAAAGCCAUCGAUCAAGGAGGUAGAGAUACGAGCACCGUCGAUUUUGUUGUUGGACUUAAAUCUGGGAGCGACAAUAUUGAAGAAUAUUUUCAAACUCCACGCAUCCUAACUAAAGAAUUACAGGGAAUUUGGCUCUGGCGUCCGAUCCAAUCAGGACUGCUUUGGCGUGAUGGUGGAAUUCUUCACGUAGCAUACUAUGACGGCUAUGUACGAGUGGGUGUUAUCGUCGAACAAUAUGAAGACAUGCUUCUUGUACAGGAUAAGUCCGAGCUAGUUAAGGCUAACGAGCAACCGCGACGCAAGCCGCUACGUGAACGAAAAAUCGAUCGUUUUGGGCUAUCAGAUUCCUCACUACCUAAAAACUACGAAGAAGAAGAUACGAAUGAUGAAGAGAUUUCGGCGACACAUGCUGAAUUCUAUGCUCUUAAAGUGGACUUCCGAAAUCACUCGAUUCGUGCUGAUCGUGUUUCUCAACAUUUGGCCACCCUUCGGAAACUUUUACAAAUUUCCCAGAAAGCUGUUGAAGCCAACAUCGCCAUCAACGACUCAAUCGAACUAACGCAGUCGGAACUCGACGGACUGGUUCAGUUUUCAAAAAUUCACAACGAAUACGUCAAGAGUGGUGACUACAGUAUGAUUGCGAAGAGUGGAGUCGAUUUUGAAGAGCGAAAAUACGCCAUUCAAGAACUCCUGAGAAAGGUUAAGGUCACCGAAACGAUAUCGCUGAUUGAAGACUGGGAAAAGAAGGUCUGCUCCUUCUAUCUCGGAUCGUGCUUGGGAAGAACUGUAAGCAUGUUCAAACGCUUGCAGUUUAGAGUGGCCUCGAUUUCUCUGGAUUCGCAGUACGAUACACGACUGACGGCCGCAUGUCUGAUGAAUGGAGUCGACGGCGUCUAUGUAACUGACAAUAAAGAAGUUUUUCCUAUAUAUUUUUAUCGCGAAAAGCGAUUUUUCGAUGCUGGCAAUCCGAUUUCACUGCCUUCGUUCGACUACUUGACGUCGAUUCUCAUGCUACACGAUGGAAUGAUCCUCGGUAGCUGUUCUGGUGGUCUGCUGCACUUAGAAUUUGAUCCUAAACGAAAGUAUGAUCAUUUCAUCAUCGCUAGUAGUCUGAUGGCACAUCCGUUCUCUCAUGGUCCUGUAAACGAUUUGAAGAUCUUGCCAACAGAGGACACCUAUCUGGCACUUCAUUGUUCUGACGUGGAAGUGGUUGUAUCCGAAAGAGAUACUGGACUUAGUCCGGAUCGCUGGCAUCGAGUCACAUAUCAUUCUGGCGGUGCGCUAUGCCUGGCAUGUACCCCAUUUUCGCUAGAUCAUCGUGGUGCAUUUGCAAUUGCUGGAAGCAAAACAUACGUGAGAAUCAAGGCACUACACUAUACCGAAGAUAACAUGGUCGGUUUGCACGACCUCGGGCAAUCACGAUUCACCGACGAAAAUGGCAAGGAUAUCGAGGUAUUGAAUGUGAGCCUUGAUCCAGCCAUGGAAUGUCGACCACUUCCCUGCAAACUUCGAUAUUCUGUUGGCUAUGCAGAUAAAGCGAUAAGAACUUACGUUGCUUUGUUGACUGGACAACACGAAUUUACGGUGUCGGAGAAAUUUGUGGCUCAAAUAGAGCCGCUUCAUUGUGUUUCCUUGAUGGAAGUCUCGAUUACGUCAAUGGUUCGGGUAGUGGGUAAAUCCUGCUACCUUGUUCUCGGCUACAAAGACAGUCGAGUUCAGUUAUUCGAAGAACGUGGUAAAGGAACUGGCAAAUUGGAUUCGGUUGGUUGGAUUGACGAUUGCCAUCCGGCCAGUGAUCUACGUCCUGUAACUGAGUUGGAACGAAUCAAAAUAGAUGUGUACUUACGAAUGAUCGAAAAUGCAUUUUGUUCUCUGUUUGAAAAAGUGCCGUUCGAAUUCGCUCUUUUCGGAUGCGGAAUCACCAUGCACAAGCUGACCGUUGAUGAACGUAAACGCCUGGAAAAAUAUCGGAACUUCGAAUUUUAA